UACACACACACGAACUCUCUAUAUAAAGCCAUUACUGAAUACCUCAUCAAUUACAGAAAAGAAAAGAAAAAAAAAGCUAAGCAAUCAUUAAACUUUCAAAAGAAAAGAAAAAAGUUUUGCAUAUCAAUGGAGGAAUCAAAAGUACUUCACGUUGCGAUCAUCCCGAGUCCAGGAAUGGGUCACCUCAUCCCACUCGUCCAGUUCGCUAAACGACUCGUCCAACGCCACGGCUUCUCCGUGACUUUCAUCGUCGUCGGCGAAGGUCCACCGUCAAAAGCUCAAAGAACCGUUCUUGACUCUCUCCCUUCUUCUUUCUCCUCCGUCUUUCUCCCUCCCGCUGACCUCACCGACCUCCCUCCGACCGCUCGCAUCGAGACUCGCAUCUCUCUCACCGUGAGCCGUUCCAACCCGGAGCUCCGGCGAACUUUCGAGACGUUCGCGGCGGAGAGCCGUUUGCCCACGGUGCUCGUGGUCGAUCUUUUCGGCACGGACGCUUUCGACGUAGCCGCGGAGUUCCACGUGUCGCCUUAUAUUUUCUUCCCAUCAACGGCCAACGUCUUGUCGUUUUUUCUCCAUUUUCCGAAACUCGCCGAAACGAUGUCGUGUGAGUUUGGUGAGUUAACCGAACCGGUUAAGCUCCCCGGAUGUGUACCGUUAUCCGGAAAAGAUGUUCUUGACCCGGCUCAAGAUCGGACAAAUGACGCGUACAAAUGGCUUCUCCACAACACCAAGAGGUACAAAAAAGCGGAAGGGAUUCUUGUGAAUACGUUUGUUGAGCUAGAGCCAAAUGCUAUCAAGGCCUUGCAACUGCAAGAACCGGGUUUAGAUAAACCACCGGUUUAUCCAAUCGGACCGUUGGUUAACAUUGGUAAGCAAGAGGGUAGUAACGGGGUGGAAGAGGCCGAGUGUUUGAAGUGGUUGGAUAAACAACCGCUCGGUUCGGUUUUGUAUGUUUCGUUUGGAAGUGGUGGUGCACUCACGCUUGAGCAGCUUAAUGAGCUUGCUCUUGGCCUUGCGGACAGUGAGCAACGGUUCCUUUGGGUCAUACGUAGUCCGAGUCAAGUUGCUGAUGCUUCGUUUUUCAAUUCACAUAGUGAAUCCGACCCGUUAACCUAUUUACCACCCGGUUUUUUAGAACGGACCAAAGGCAGAGGCUUUAUGAUCCCUUCAUGGGCUCCACAAGCCCAAAUUCUAGCUCAUCCGUCUACGGGAGGGUUUUUGACUCAUUGUGGAUGGAACUCGACUCUAGAAAGUAUAGUUAGCGGUGUUCCACUCAUUGCAUGGCCAUUGUACGCUGAGCAGAAGAUGAAUGCGGUUUCAUUGUCCGAAGAUAUUCGUGUUGCUCUUAGGGCUCAUGCCGGCGAGGAUGGGGUAGUGAAAAGAGAAGAGGUAGUUAGAGUUGUUAAGGGAUUAAUGGAAGGUGAAGAAGGUAAAUGUGUGAGGAAUAAGAUGAAGGAAAUGAAGGAAGGAGCUAGUAGGGUGCUGAGUGAUGAUGGGUCCUCAACAAAGGCACUUAGUCUUGCUGCAUUAAAGUGGAAAGACCACCAAAAAGGGCUAGUGCAAAAUGGCAAGCACUGAAUAUGAAAUCAUUUAUGUAUGUGUCUCGUAUGUGUUUUGUGCAGUUGUGUUUGUCUAUGCAUGUUUAUAAUUUUUAUUGCUGUUUUUGUGUCAUCAACUACUUUUUCCUUAAAGAUGUAGCUUUUGAUUUAUUGGUAAGUAAGCUUUAGAUGCAUGGUGCAGUUAAGACCUGCUA